AUGGCGGAUACCCACGGACAAUUUGGAUUGCUCACAAGAGCAUCGAGAUCUGCAGAAAUUCUCUUUACAAUUCGGAGAAUAGAAGAAUUACAUGAAUCAUCGAAUGAGAUGGGAACUUUGGAGGUCCAAGGAAAGAAGUACGUAAAGGCAUACGAAAAAGAUCAUCAUCAAUUAUUCGAGUUUGAGGAUGUAAGAAGGAGCUGGUACUCCGUCGCUUGA